CCCGAAAGUCCAAACUCCCCCAGCCUUUUCCUUCUGCUAAUCCCCUCCGCACGGUCUCGCCGCCGCCGAGCACGCGCGCGCCGCCUCCUCCCGCCGCAGAAGCAGGGCUCGCUGCCCGCCUGCCUCGAGGGGGUUCCGUCUCGCUCCCCUCGGCGGAGACCCGUCCGGGCGUCGAUCGAUCUCGAGGGAAAAUGAUAAAUCUUUUUAAGAUUAAGGGCCAGAAGAAGGAUGAUGCAGCGACUGCAAAUGGAAAGCCUGCUGUCAAGAAGCAAAGUCCUGGGGAGUUGCGUCUCCAUAAAGAUAUUGCUGAACUCAACCUUCCCAAGACCACCAAGAUCUCUUUUCCGAAUGGCAAGGAUGAUCUGAUGAACUUUGAAGCCACUAUUAAGCCUGAUGAAGGAUACUAUGUGGGUGGUAAAUUUGUUUUUACCUUCCAAGUUCCUCCAGCUUAUCCUCAUGAACCUCCUAAAGUCAAGUGCAAGACUAAGGUUUACCAUCCCAAUAUUGACUUGGAGGGAAAUGUCUGCCUGAACAUUCUGCGUGAAGAUUGGAAGCCUGUCUUGAACAUCAACACCAUUGUCUAUGGCUUGAAUCUUCUUUUCACGCAACCUAAUGAUGAGGAUCCCCUGAACCAUGACGCAGCUGCUGUUCUUCGUGACGACCCGAAGAAGUUUGAGAAUAAUGUCCGGAGGGCGAUGGCUGGAGGUUAUAUUGGUGAAACCCACUUCCCUAGGUGUAUGUAAGCGUGAAAAUGGUGACCCGUUGUCUGACAAUAUGCAACUGCAGCUGAUCAUAGCAUGCCCGAGCUAUGUGAAUGCCGGAGCGGUCAUGUAAUAUAAGUUGGUGUGACAGUCGCUGAACACAUGAACAAUCAGGAAAAUGUGCGAUGAACAAAUGCUACCUUCUGUCCAUUUGCAGGGUUCAUUAGGAUUCAUUAUGAUUGAUGUGGUGCUUUUGUGUCUGCUCUGGACAAAUUCUGAAUAUGGUGCAUGGUUUGCACCAACUACAUGUUAGUAGUAGCAAGCUUGUCAGUAUCA